CAUACAGUCUAGUCUACAGAAUUUGCUGACGCUGAGGUAGAGUUUCUGGUGCAAUCGACUUUGUAUAUAAACUUCCUUUCUGGUCGUACUCUCGUCUGCAAAGGAGGGAAGAAGCACUAUUAACUCUACCAGUCGCCAGUCUUCUCUUCGGCUCCAUAACGGGUAACCUUAUCAAUAGAAAAAGAUCAAAGCCGCAAAAUCUUUCGCUUAUGUCAAAGUACGAGAGAGACCCAGAGUUCAAGAAAACCUCCAUUUUAGACGAUUAUGAGAUAAAGUGGAACCGCAGUUUAGGUACUGGAGUGAGCGGUCCAGUCCGCCUCUGUAUACACCGGGCAACUGGUAAAGAAUACGCUCUUAAGCUGCUCUUGGAUCGUAGCGACAGAAAGAAGGCAGAGAUUGAAGCCACACUUCAUUGGCGCUGUAGUGGAGGUGAUCAUAUCGUCAGAAUAGUUGAUAUAUAUCGCAAUGAGAUCCAACAGCCUGGCGAACUGAGCCCAAAGAAAAGGAUACUACUAGUGAUGGAAUUGAUGGAGGGUAAAGAACUCUUUGAUUAUAUCUCAAAGCGUCAUCAUUUCACCGAGCACGAGGCCAGCAAGUACAUAUUACAGAUCGUUAGAGGAGUCCAGUUCUGUCAUCGUCUAAACAUUGCUCAUCGGGACAUCAAACCAGAGAAUUUACUCUUAUUAAAGCCCGCGUCAAACCCUGAGGAUGUCGUCAUCAAAUUAUCCGAUUUCGGUUUCGCAAAAGUUGACAACGGAGACCUAAAGACGCCUCAGUUCACUCCUUAUUACGUUGCCCCUCAAGUCCUUGAGGCCCAGAAGAGACAGAAAGAGUCAUUGUCUGGUUAUAAGCACCGAACUCCUUACUAUUACGACAAGAGCUGUGACAUCUGGUCCAUUGGCGUCAUCAUGUACAUUAUGCUUUGCGGCUAUCCUCCAUUCUAUUCUGAAGUGCCACAUCAGGCACUAAGCAAUCGCAUGAAGCAGAAGAUAAUGAGUGCUGAUUUCGAUUUUCCGGAGAAUGACUGGAAGGCGGUGACUGAUGAAGCUAAGGAUUUGAUUCGGAAGAUGUUGUGUGUGGAACCGAGCGAGAGACUCUCCAUUGAAGAAGUCCUUCAUCAUCCUUGGCUAGCUCAGAAUGCCUCGCCUAAUCGUGAUCUUAAUUCUCCUUAUCUCAUAUCGGAUAAAGACGCUCUUGUUGAAGUCCAGGGAGCUCACGCUAAACUCCUCCAAAACUUCCGUCGGGAUGACACUGGGUUUUACUUGAAACCUCUCGGGCAGGCAAAGAACCCCGUCCUAGCAUCGCGCAUGAAGAAACAAGAAGAGAAGAAGGAGUCUGGAGGAGCUGGCAAUGAGAGUGAGCCCUCUUCCUCUAAAGCUGUUCAGAGCCUUAAAUCAUUAAUGGAUGUAUGUAACAUGCCUCCUCCUCCUCCUUCCCUUUCUUCUGAAAGCUCUCUGUCUUCAUCUUUUCUAAGUGAGAGUGUUAAGAAUGCAUUGGUUCUCAAUGAGCACAAUGCCUCUUUAUUGAAAGCACUGGAGCAAGAGUCUUGGAAUGGAAAUGAGUUCAUUCAUCAGGUCAAUUGUAAGCGUUUGGCCUCUUCUCUUCAAGAGCUCAUAGAGCAGCUCGAACCGUAGAACUAAUGUGAUUUGGGACCUUAUUUAAUUAAAGUUCUUUUUAGUGUCAUAAUUAAUUCAGUUGAUUUUUAUGAUUAUGAUAUGGGA